AACAGGGGAAGAAGCAGCUUCAGCAGCACUUCCGUAUAGUUUGUUUUGGUCUGUUGUCUUGACUGCAGCAGUUAGCUUAGAUCCAGUUGAAAAUGUCGGCUGCCGAAGACGACACCGAGCUGAGGGAUCUACUGAUCCAGAACCUGGAGAACUGCGGAGUUCUUAACAAGCUAAAGGCAGAGAUGAGGGCAGCAGUUUUUCUGGCCAUGGAGGACCAGGACAGACAGGAGAACAAAACUCCACUCAUCAAUGAAAACCUGAAGAAAUGCCUCAACACCAAAGACGGACGCCUGAUGGCCAGUCUGAUCAUGGACUUCCUGCAGGUGUUCAACCUGGACUUCAGCCUCGCCGUGUUCCAGCCGGAGAUCAACUCGCUGAACGGUCUGGACAGCCGGGAUCUGGUCUGCAGAGAGCUAGGUCUGUCGGACUCGGAGCUGAACAGGAAUUCGCCGGUGCUCCUGGAGCUCGUCCGGAGGGGCCGACAAACAGACAACCCUGCCGUCCACUCUAAGGGAGACAGAGGUGGACAUGUCCUCAAGGAACUCUCUCAGAAACAGAUCGGACACGCUCGGAAGACAUUUGACUUUCAUGAUAAGGAUCUCAGCGGCUCAGUCAGAAAAGAAGAUCUGAAGUCGGUCUUCAAGGAUCUGCUGCCCGGCCUGGACAAGAACAUGUUGGAGAGGUUUGUCGAUGAUGAGCUAAGAGCUGCAGACAACACAGAGAUUGACUUCCAGUCCUUCCUGGCGAUGUACAAACGCCUCUUCACUCAGUGCAGAAGUGUGGUUGUUCCGGACUCGAACGAGAGUCGACAUCAGACCCAGAAUCUUGAAGACAAACCAGGCUCUCCGCCUGUCAGUAAGAUCCCCAGAUACAAAGGUCAGAAGAGCCAGACAGCAGCUAAGGAAUCAGAGAGGGUACUUUCCCCGCUGAAAAGAGACUUGCAGCAGCAGGACCGCUCCUCUGUAGCUGUGAAGAGGGAGCAUCUGGACCUGGAGCUGGAUGCAGAAGAGGACCACGAUGAAGGAGACUCCUUCUUCGACGACCCGUUGCCCAAACCUCAGAAGACUUAUGGAUGCUCUCUAAACGGAGAAAAGGACUCAUCAGAGAGGACGAACAGUCCAAAGGACGUUGUCCCCUCGAGGCAGGAGAGUCUGUCUGGGCCGCCCAUCUCCCCGAUGAGACGAGGGCGAAGCCACAGCGAUCUCUCGGUCCUGGCUGGAGACCCGGAGCUGGAGCGAGACGAUCCCGUCUCAGAUCCCGGCUCGCAGCACAGGAAAAUGGAGACGUCCGGAACCAGAGAGAGUCCUGUGGGAUCUGUGUGUGAACCACCGAGACCAGGAGGAGGAAGCAGCGGGUCAGAGCCGAGCCACAGCAGGAACGGAGCCAAAAACUCAAGAGAGAAGAACUUCAAAGCUCCGAGUGGCAGAAUUGGAUCUCUGCAUUUGGAUGAAGAUGUGGAAUACGACGAUGACUUCAACAGCCACCGGUCUGACCUUUCUAACGGCGAGCUGAGCAUCGGCGAGGAGAUCGAGGAGGUCUCCAUCGAGGGUCCAGAGAACAGCGACAAGUUUGAUGAAACCACGCAGGACCUGAGCGUCUCUCACAUCAGUCAGAGUCAUGACGCCGACUACAUGGAGGACGUGUCCUGAAGCUCCCAUCAUGCACCUCUUUGUUUCUGGAUAUUUAAAUCUGUACAGUUUGAUUAAAUCAAUCAAUGGGUUUGUUUUA